UUCUCGCGCUGGACAGCAGGGUCGCGGCUUGAUGAACUCUUCAGUUCAGAAGUCUGCUAGUCACUCAAAAUAUACACAACAGGCUCCAUCAGCUCGAAUUACUGGCAAGGCACAAAGCUCACUAGGAAGUUCUGCUAUCAACGUUGGAGGCCUUUACAGAGGUGGCGAUCAGCAGUCAGCUGCGUCUAGUACCAGUGCCGAUACAACUUCCGUACAGAUAAAUCGAUCAGUGGCACCGGUGGCCGUGUUCAGCGAGCCCAGUGAUGCUGACAUAAAGCUCAUCAAGGCGGUUGUCUCGGAAAUGAUUGAGCUGGCUGCUGCAUCCAAAAGUGUAACUCCGACGGUAGUUGGGUGUAUGAAGAGGAUACCAGAGGACAUGUGUUGUGGUUUCUUGUACUACAUAUUAACCGAUUAUUUGCAUCUGGCGAAUGUAGGAAAACAGUACAGACGGUAUCUGGCCAUUACCGUGGCGCAUCUCAUACAACAUAACUACAUCUCCGUGGAUCACUUUAGACUGGCGUACAAAGAAUUUGCCGAGUGCGCAAACGAUUUAAUUUUUUAUAUUCCAGAGCUCUGGCUGUAUAUUCUGCAAUUUGCCGGGCCACUAAUUGUAAAGAAAAUAUUGACGGUAUCAGAUCUGUGGAACAAUUAUCUGAAAGACAACAGCCCAUCAAACGUGGGUAAAAAGUUCCUCAAAACCUAUUUGACAUAUUGUACACGAGAAGUAGGACCGAACUUCACCCGUUCCAUGUGGAUCAAGUUCAACCUGCACUGGUCCGACUUUAUGCCUGACAACGAAGUUAUCGAUUUCAUUGAGACCAAUAGACUAGAGUAUGUCGAAAACGAGUCGAAGUCGCCAGUGAUUGAGCAGCGGGAGACACCAGAGAAGCACGUUAAAAAUGUGAUAGAACAUAUAGAACAUUUGCUAAAGGAAGGAGCGACGGCAGACUGCAUCAUCGAUUACAGUAACGGCAAUAUUUUGGUGGCUGAUAAACUAUUUAUUAGAGGCUUGACUGAAACGUUGUGUAAUUUUGCAAUUGUCUACAAGGAGAACAGCUACAAACUUGAGCCCGAAAUCUUCCAAAAGUUUUGCAUACCAGUUUUGCAGCGAUACAUCUACUCGCAUGAAGAUCAUCAAUUGGAAUGCCUUUAUUCUAUGCAGUUACUGGUGCAUAGCUUAGAGCAUCCUAGAGGUUUAUUGAGUGAACUAAUUGGUGAGCUAUAUGAUACCUAUGUUAUACAGAAGGAGUCGCUAUGUAAAUGGCGUGAUUCAAAGGAUCAAUCCGCUGGGAAGGGCGUUGCUGUAAAAAGUCUUAAUCCCUUCUUUAACUCAAUAUUCAAUGAUGAAACCAACUAAAGCAGCACAGUUGACAUGGACAGCGCGUUAGGAGAAAAAAAAAAAACAAUAUAUUUAAAUUUGUAAUAAAAUUAAUUAAACAGAAAGCUGGUUUGUGAAGAGAGCUCUUUAUCAGUAUAACUAUGAUACGAUAUGGACUUAUCUUAAUAGAUAUUGUGGUCCUUGCAUUACGAGUACAUGC